UCUUAGAUGCGAAAUGGCUGCCGACUUGCCGCUACAUUUUUGUUGCUGCUGCCAUCGUCAUCACCGCGGAGCAGAGAGACACAAUUGUGGUUUUGAGAGGAGAGGAAGGUUGGAGUUUUCAGGAGUAUUUUGUUUUCGAGUCUAACGGUAACUAAACAGAGAAUAGGGGAAAAAGAUGCCUGAUAGCGAGCAGGUGGUGCAUAUUAAUGGACACUCUUCCCUUUUUUCUGUUGCUUUGCAAGAAAAACAAAACAGCAUGACCAAAAAGCUCCCCUCCGACUCUGUUAUUAACCUUGACCAUGGUGAUCCAAAAAUGUUCGAGCCAUAUUGGCAGAAGAUGGGGGACAAGUGCACAGUGGUGAUCUCCGGCUGGCAAUCGCUAAGCUACUUCUCCGACAUUACAAACUUGUGCUGGUUUCUGGAGCCAGAAUUAGUGGAAGAGAUCAGACGCUUGCAUCAUUUGGUGGCCAAUGCUGAAAUAGAAGGUCAUUACAUCGUGGUUGGUACCGGUUCAACACAACUCUUUCAGGCAGCGCUCUAUGCUUUAUCAUCUCCCGAUUCAGCAGAGCCGAUCAACGUCGUUUCAGCCGUUCCAUACUAUUCGUCUUAUCAGGCGGUCACCGAUUUCUUAAGGUCCGGGCUCUACAGAUGGGCCGGCGAUGCAUACAAGUACAAAGGCGAUCAACCUUACAUAGAGCUCGUAACCUCCCCAAAUAAUCCAGAUGGGUUUAUUCGGGAAGCAGUGAUUAACGGGAGUGGAGGGAAGCUCAUUCAUGACCUGGCUUACUAUUGGCCUCAUUAUACACCGAUUACAACUCCGGCAGAUCAUGAUCUCAUGCUAUUCACCGUCUCGAAAUGCACUGGCCAUGCUGGGUCACGCAUUGGAUGGGCACUUGUCAAGGACAAAGAGGUUGCUAAGAAGAUGACCAAGUUCAUCGAACUCAACACAAUAGGUGUGUCGAAGGACUCGCAGUUGCGGGCGGCAAAGAUUCUCAAGGCCGUGUCUGAUAGUUGCAGACAAGACUACGACAACUUCUUUGACUAUGGAAGAGGCCUCAUGGCCAAGAGAUGGGAGCGUUUGAGAAGUGUUAUUGGACGUAAUGGCCUUUUCAGUCUGCCGGAAUACCCAAUGGAGUUCUGCAACUUCUUUGGAGAGUUGACUGAAGCACAUCCUGCUUUUGCUUGGUUGAAGUCUGAAGAGGAGGAGUCUAAGGACACUGAGAGCUUUCUAAGGGCACACAAGAUCCUGACUAGAAGCGGGAAGCACUUUGGAGUGGAUACAACAUAUCUCAGGAUUAGCAUGCUGGAUCGAGAAGAGACUUUCGACCUUCUCUUACAGAGAUUAUCCAAUAUGUCAUCCAAGGGACGGGAGAACGGGGCGUGAAGUAUAUAGAAGUCGGCAAUGGAAAGUGGAAACAGAACUAGAGGACCGAACCAUACAUAUACUCUAAGCAAACCCACCUCCUAUGUAAUUAGUACGAUUGUACGAAGAUACUGUCUUCUCCUUCUGUGCUUUACGGUCUUGUUCUUGGGUUGGCAGCUUGUUUUAAUAGCAUCUGCUCUUAACCUAACGUGUAUUUGAAAGUUGGAACAAAUAGUUAGUGCGCAAUAUCUAUUGAUUUUUCUCUUU